AUGAAAAAGACUAGCGGAUUCUUCAAACGUAGAUUUGGUUCGACACCCGGCGCAUCAGAGUCCACAAACAAUCUGAGUGAUCUAGUCAAUGUCCAACACUCUCGACAUUUUUCAUCACAAUCUGAUCACCAUCUAUCUCAGCCAGGCACAGAGUCGUGUCCUUCAUCGCCUGCAUUACCUCAUUCAUUGCAUUUACAACGUCCGACUCCGCCGCCACCACCUGUGCCUACCAUUCCAUCUUCGUACAUCCAAAAUAACCCCCCAGCUACCCUCUCUCCAACGCAGUCUGACAAAAGAAGUAACGUCAAAUCUGCAGCUCAAUCCACCCGAUCAUCGCCUAGUCCUCUCUCUCCCUCUCCAUCUCAGCGCAAAGCACGAGAACGUACCGACGAUCUUGGGCCUGACCCCGCCAUCACAAACCUCAAUCGUUCACGCUCAGCUUCACCUCCCAGACAUGAUGCCGCGUUUGCUAAGCUUUCAUCUUUCAAACCUGCUAGAAACCAUUAUAGUCAUCCGGCCGCUAAUCCAGAAGAUCCGCACGCUUUGACCUUUCAUCGAUAUGCCUCCAAUAUCGAGCUGAAUUCGCAGAACUCGCCAAGGCAAAGGACAUCAAUGUCAUCCUUGUCAGCUGCAGUCGCGAGUCUCCAACCUUUUGACUCUGCGGCCACAAAACCAUCCCCACAGCUUUCAACCCCCGCCUCUCAGCUUUACAGUGUAACAGGAGCCUCGCCGUUUCUUCAUCAACCGCCUGGCUCUGUGACGCCAAAGUCAAAUAAAUCGAAUGAAACUGGUCGCGAUAUCACAUCACCCAUCCAAAGCGAGUCGAACCCCUUCAAGCGACCUCUCAAACCUUAUCCAACAGAAGCGCACGAUCCCCAACGUGAUUCUGACCUGAGUCCUAGGAGUGAUAGUCUCUUGUCGGGCGUCAUAUCACAUGAUCCUCUGAGUCUACCGGUUGAUCAAUCUACUCAAGGCACAAAUCCUCUCAUCCAAGUUAACACGGAUUUUGGAGUCUCGAAGACACACUCUAACUUACCUUCGGCUGGUUCGACUGCCUCAUUUUUUUCCACUAUGUCGGAAAAUGGAGAAGAAGGAAAGGCGAGAGUCACCGAGGUUACCCCCAAGAAUCCAUUCCAUCGUCAAAACUCUGUACCUCACACUCCACCAAUCGGUGGUCCUACACGUUUCCAAUCGCCACUUCCACGAAGUGGGCAUCCACAUGUGUUACCCAAUUUGGAUACUUCCUCAGCUGUUACUGGUCGCUCUGCCCAUCGUCCACCCGAAUCGAAUAGGAACUCUCGUGCCGAGUCAUUGAAUGACAUGAGGAUCGACCAUUCAUCAAACCACAGAGCCGCGAUGGCGAGGGACCUUUCUUUACCAGUCUGGACAUCUGCGCGUUCAGCCAGCGCCGAAUCCUGUCCAGCAUCCGUUCCUUCCGAUCUUCCGGUUCAUAAUCCCCUCUCACCUACCUUAUCCGACUCGCCAUGGUCCGGUAGACAACGAAGUCCACACCCUUACCUUGAUUCCAAGCUGACCGGCACUCCUGGUCUCACCAAUCGGCUCAGAACCGAGACUGAGGAAUCGACCAUGUCUAAUAAGACCCUCAACAUUCAUGCCUUACAAGACUCUAGGCGGGCAACUGGCGAUGGACAUGGUGGACGGGUACCAGACGCGUCUCAGCAAUUUGACGAUACUUCUGAAGCAGACCUCCAAUUGAAUCAUACUCCAAGUAUCAGGCUGGUCAGCGCCCCAGAGACAGCUGCAAAUGCUACUGAUGGCGCCACACCCUCGAGUAUGGCGCCCUCCCAUCUAGGGAGCCCAUACUCACAACAGUCUUCGACCUAUUCCGGCUACGAAUCUCCCUCGCCCAUGCUUCCGGAACAUCACAGAAAUCCGUUUUCGCCCAAUUGGAGUGGACAAACCGUGCCUUUGCCUAAAGAUACCACUCCAGUUGGUUUAGGCCUCAAACUUGAACGAUCUCCAGAUGCUAGCGAACUUGAUCCUCCAACACCUGCAAACGAUCAAGAGGAGCAAAAGAAACGCGUCAGUAGGACUGGCCUUGAUCGCACAUCUUCACUGUCACGCAGUCUCGCUUCUUCCUCUAUCACCUCCUCCUCGCCAUCGACAAUGCCGCUUCGAGCUUCUGGUCCCAGCACCCGACCACAUACAGGUCAAGAAGAUAACGAUGGAUGCAGUUUGGGGCCUGUGAUAAGUAAACAACGCACCGUUUCUACUACCAGUACGAUGAACUCUACGAAGCGGUCCAACGACACCCGCUCCACUGCGCAUACUUCAGUUCAUCCCAAUGACUUUGUGGAUCCAACACUUUCUGUAGAUGAGAAUGCCAAGAUGCUGGCUCGAAGAUGUUGGGACGAAGAUGAAAGCUUUAUCAGACGUGAUAAGCUGGCAGAGUGGCUUGGAAGUCCUGAUACGGGUGAAAAUCAAUUGCCAGUCUUGACUUUGAAACAUUACAUGAAUUGUUUUGCUUUCCAUCAACUGAGGAUUGAUAUGGCAUUUAGGAAGCUUUGUCAGAAACUCCAUCUUAAGGGUGAAACUCAACAGAUUGAUCGGAUCUUGGUAGAGUUUAGUCAAAGGUUUUGGCAACAAAACUUUUCGAACUUGUACUUUAGUACUGAUGUGGUACAUGCGCUAUCAUACUCAAUCCUACUACUGAAUACCGAUUUACAUAUUGUCGAUACAACUAGUAGAAUGUCAAGGUCUCAGUUUGUUAGGAAUACGUUGGAGACUUUGACUGCCCAGCUCUCGGCCUUUGAAGAUCUGGGUGACGUCGAGCAUGUGAUUGAUUCUGCUGAAAGAGACACCCCAAUGAGCAUGAGCGAUUUCAUAUCUUACAGUCGACCCAGUUCACCUAGCCUGAGGACAGGCACGAUUGGACGUGGCUCUCAAGCAUCAAAGAAGUCAUCUACAGAUGUAGAUUCAUUUGUAGACUCGCAUACUAAGCCACCCCAUAGCGCGAUUGGGAGACCAUCAAUCGAUAAAUGGCGAGGACCCUUUAGGAAUGGUAGUAAUCCCGGCACGGCAGCCUCGAGAUUACCUCGAAGGAGCGGUAGUGUUGCGUCGAGUGCACAUCCUUUCGUCAUGGUCAAUGGGCCGCCAGAACUCCCUGGUGACGCUUCUCGGAGAGGAUCUAAUGAACUGGCUUCGCCUGCGGCCUCUAUGGCUCCACAGGAAGGCAUGAUCAAACCUAGUCAAUUCUCAAGAGCUUUGUUUGAGAAAGAGAUUGAGGGACUGUUGAAGACUCAGCCAAUCUUCCAAGGUCUGAACACUGAUGGUCAACCGCGCACUCCGGGCAUUGGCGGAACUCGAAGCCCAGGUGCUUUGGGCGCUGAACGUCCUCAGCCACCUUUCAAACGUAAUAGUUUGAGGGGACUUCCAGGAUUUGGUGGCCUUUUGGCAGCGCAUGGAGCAGAGAUGUAUGGUCCCAGGUCAAGUAGUCCGACAUCGAGUACGGCACCAUCGACUAUGUCAGGGACUAGUGGCCCGGGUGGAUUGGCUCAAUCUAACAGCUCGACGGGUUCGCAUCGGUACACGAACAUGACUUCUCCUUCAAUUGGAUUUGCUUCUAAUCUCUCGCAAUCUAUCAUUCGAGAGCAAACGGAAGAAGAAUCGAAGGAAGACCCACAAGAGCCUCCAACGUUGAUGUCAGACGAAGAGUUAGCGCUGCUGGGUGCUCCUUGGGCUAAGGAGGGCUUACUUCAGCGUAAACAGUAUUGGGAUGCGAAAGGGAAACGACACAAGGACAAAGGUUGGGCACAACUCUUUGUGGUGAUUCAUAAGGGUCAAUUGAAGAUGUUUCAGUUUGGAGCAACUGGUCCAAGCAUGAGUUCGAGUAAUCAAGCAUCAGGUGAUGGCCCAACCGUGGGUGGUGGGAAUUGGUUAUCGAAUGCGCAACCUAUGGGAGAACUCACUCUCACUCAUUCACUUUCGAGUGCAUUACCUUCAGGAUAUAACCGAGACCGACCUUGCGCUUUUGUUCUUACACUCGCCAACGAAUCUUCUUACUUUUUUCAAGCAGGUACUGCCGACUUGGUAAAUGAAUGGGUAUCUACAUGUAAUUAUUGGUCAGCCAGAUUGAGUAAAGAACCGUUGACGGGUGGAGUUUCGAAUAUGGAAUAUGGUUGGAAUCAAGUUGCCGAUUUAGCAGCGAUUCGAAUGUCAAGUAUAAGUAGAAAAUCAAAUGAUUAUAAAGGAGACGAAGAAUCAGAAGGAAAAGUAGAAUCACAACCCACUAGAAGUAAAAAAUUAAGACAGAAGAUCAUUAAACCUAAUUCAUCAGGAAAUAUGUACUCAAUGUCAGGAUCUGAAAGUGUUAAAGGAUCAGUAGCUGAUUUGAGAUUAACCCAUAACCAACAUCAACACCACGUACAAUUACCACAAGCACAACAACCACCAAAUCAAAUCAAUAGUAAUGUGAUGAUUAAUGACUGGAGUGCACCUAUACCACCUAAUUCGACUAGUACCUUGACGGAAGAAAAUCAAUUAGACAAUUUAAGAAAACAUUCGAUUUAUAUGCAAUUAGAAUUAGAAAAACAUAAUUAUUUAAGAAAACCGAUGAUGAGUUUGUAUCCGACUAGAUCUUUGAAUUUCCAAAAAGCUACUAAUAAUUGGGAAAAGAAAUCACAAUACCUCUUAGCGGAAAUUAUCAAGUAUACAACUUAUAUUGAUGCAUUAGAAUGUGGAAUUCAUCAAAAGAAUGAAAAGAGAACGAAAAGAUUGGUACGAUCCUUAUUAGAAAAUGCUGAUUCAUGAUCAAUGAUUUAUCGUAAGAGAAGUCGAAAUGAAAGUGGUGAAGAAAUCUAGUUGAGGUUAAUUUGAUGAUCGAUAGGGUUUUUCAUUUCAUAGAUGAUCAAGGUUUUCCUUUUCUUUUGGACAGUCUUGAUUCUUUUCCUGUUAUUUUUCUCUUUCUUAGGUUAAUGAAAACGCAUACUUAGGGACUUUUAUUUUUGUUAAUGAGGAAAGUUGAUGAAGAAUGAAAUCCAAAGAUCAAAUCAAAAUUAGAAAAGUGUGAAUGAUUUUUUUUCAAUUUCAAUUUUUUUUAUUUAUAUAUAUAUAUCCAUAUUUUGUUCAUUUAUCUUUUCUUGAGUUUUUUUUUCCAAUUUUUUUUUGGUAUUUGGUAUUUGGUAUUUAGUAUUUUGUGUGUGUGUGUGGGUCGGGAUGUGUGAAGAUGGGUGUGAUUAUAAUUUUUCUUUUUUUCAUAAUAGCAUUUUUCUUAUCCUCAAGUUUUAUUUUUCUACCUUCUUUCUUUUGGAUUAGUAAAAUUACAAUUCUUUAUUCUUUAUUUUUUAUUUCAUUUCAAAUCAUAUUUUCCCUCUUUUUUUUGUUUUUGUUUUGUUUUGUGUAAUUCAAAAUGAAAUGUUAAAUGUCUGAGUGUGUGUUUGUGGUGUGUGUCUUUGUUUGAAAUAAAUCAAAAAAUUUGAUUUCUUUUUCUUUUUGUGAAUAAUUCAUAUUUUGAUUUUUUUUGAAGUU